AUUAGUUGUUAGUGAAUAAACUUGUUUAUGAAAAAAUUAUAACUAACAAGUAACAAAAGCAGUGACCUCAUUGUGAUAUGUUAUUUAACGUGUAAAACAUAAAUUUAGAUGUAGUUUAUUAAUUUAUAUAUGAUACAAAUGAGGUCACUGCUAACUUUUCUAGUAACGGCUAAUAUAAAUACUAACACCUAAUAAUGUCAAUGUGAGGCAUAUAGUUAGCGUAAGAUGAAAAUAUUUACAUGCUAACGAUAAAGUAAUGCAAGGCACAUAGUUAGUGUCUAUUAUGAAUGAUAACAGCAGUUCCAGCUAUGUUAAAAUUAAAGUUAAUCAAUACUAGGAAUGAUACCGACUAUUGAAACAACUUUUAGUCAAUAACUAAUUUUCUAUAGAUACAACCAUUGAUGCCAUGAAUAACAAUUUUGGGCAAUGGUUAGCACGUAAGAUGUAAACUACCAGCUAUUAGAUUAUAUAUCUUACACUCUUCGUUUAUUUCUCUGUCGUGUGCAGGGAAGUUCUCACCGAAGUUCCAUCAAUCAAAAACUAGUCUUGUAUUUUUUCUUCACUCUGAGCAUCCAGUUCUGCAGAAAUUCAAUCUCUUCGGUUCGCGCCGAGAGAUUUGGUUCAAUCAAUUUUUGGUUGUGUUAGGAGUUAAUCUUCUCUCCUACCUCGAUGAGAUAAUUUUAUUGGAUCCACAACUGUGGAGAUAGAAAAGAGAAAAAAAAUUAUUGUGAUAAUGGAUUAGAAAAGAAGAAAGAGCCAGCAUAUUAUUAUUCGGUAAAAAAAUUUAGAGAGAUACAAGAGGUAGAAGGAAGAAGAAUGGGCAGGGGCAGAGAUAUGGGGUAGGACAAGGGCAGGGACAAUAUUGGGGUUUAGAAGUAUCAAUAGUAUUUAGGGUAUUUACUUAAUUAUGAAUUUUUCUAGGUAUAUGUGGCCUAAUUAUGCAUUCAGAUUUGAUAGGAACUUCUAAUAAUACACAGAGAUGCUUCAAUAUUUUAUAUUUAUUAUUUUUAACAGAAAAAAGAUACGUUAGCCGACAUUAAUAAUUGAGUAAAUAACGAUUAGGCUCAAAAAAUAAGAAAACGUCUUAACAUUGGGUUGGGGUCAACGCUUCAUCCGAUUAGUCCUCCUGAUAUGUUAGCUAAUGUUAAUAAUGGACACGUGUCAACAUAGUAACUAACCAUAGAGAGUAAAACAGAACACGAACUCUUUAAGAGGAAAUCAUUAAAACUUGUUUUCAUCUGCCGUAGUUACCAAGAAACUAAGAUUGUUUAUUCAUUAACUACUGAUUUGAUUAAGACAGGUGAUUGAUCAACCUUUAAAGACCGUCAUGUCUUUUGCGUCUUGUCCUCCUCUGUUUCUGAAGACGAGAAAUACUUGAAAAAGGUUCGUUCUCUUAUGGGUUUUUUCUUUCUUUCUUUUUCUUGUUCUUGUAAGCUGUGUAACUCUCCUUAUCUCCAUACGGCUAAUUUAGGUUUUACAGUAUACUAGUUUCCUUUUAACACUGUGAAUGAAUACUCCAUAGUUUUCUGAUAAGCUCGUUUUGCCUUUUUUUGUUUAUGAUAAGGUAUUUCAGUUUCAAGGCAAAGCUUCAAAUGAGCAAUAUAAAGCUAGGCGUUGAAGUCAUAAGCGCACAUGGUCUAUUUCAGAGAGACAAGCAAAACUCAUGUAGCCCUUUCGUGGAGCUCAAGUUUGAUAACCAGAUAUUCCGCACAACGACCAAACCCAACGAUCCAAACCCCGUCUGGCACGAGUCUUUCUACUUCCUUGUCUCUGAUCCUUCCUUCCUCUCCACCCGUACACUCGAAGCCCAUGUCUUCAGCUACCAGGACGAAACCGAUGCUAAGCCCUUUCUUGGCAAAGUUCGAGUCAAUGGAACAUCCUUUGUUCCUCGCUCUGAAGCAGCUCCUUUCAACUACCCUCUAGAGAAACGCAGCGUUUUCUCUCGAGCGCGUGGGGAGCUUGGUUUGAGAGUCUUCAUCACUGACGACCCUUCUAUCACACCUUCUGUCUCAGAAUCUCCUCGAGCUUAUAUCCCCAGCCCGCGGAGAGAACAUGUAAGCUCCCUAAUCACAGAUGAUGCUAAUGAGAGAAGAGAGCUUAAGAAGCCUACAACACGUACGUUUUAUAACGCUACCCCUUCAGUGAACCAACAACAGCCGGCGACGAUGAACUAUGGCAUGCACGAGAUGAGAGCUGCUGCGCCAAUGCCUCCAAGAGUAGUUCAAUACAACGGUCCAACUCCACCAUCAGAUUUCUCAGUCAAAGAGACGAGCCCUUUCCUGGGAGGUGGACAGAUCAUUGGAGGACGAGUGGUUCGUGGUACAAAGAGACCAGCAAGCGGCGCAUAUGAUCUCGUUGAAGAGAUGAGGUUUCUCUUCGUGCGAGUCGUGAAGGCGCGUGACCUCCCCGACAGAGACCUUACGGGCAGCUUAGACCCUUACGUUGAAGUAAAAAUAGGAAACUUCAAAGGCGUUACAAGACAUUUGGACAAGAACUCGGAUCCGGAGUGGAACCAAGUCUUUGCCUUUGCUAAAGAGAAUCUUCAGUCUAACGUUCUUGAAAUAGUGGUGAAGGAUAAAGACCUUGUCCUUGACGAUUACGUUGGGACUGUUCGGUUUGAUCUCCAAGAGGUUCAGUCUCGCGUUCCUCCGGAUAGUCCUUUAGCUCCCGAGUGGUACAGACUUGAGAACAAAAGACAAGAGAAGAAGAAGAGAGCUGAGAUAAUGCUUGCUGUCUGGGAAGGUACUCAAGCAGAUGAAGCUUUCGGGGAUGCGGUUUUCUCGGACUCAUUGACAUCUUCAGACAGCUCGGACAUUAUAUCGGCCAACCUCCGCUCGAAAGUGUACCAUUCUCCUCGGCUAUGGUACCUAAGGGUGAGGAUAAUAGAGGCUCAGGACGUGAUCAUCGUCUCCGACAAGUCCCGUCUUCCCGAGGCCUUUGUGAGGAUCCAGAUGGGUAAUCAGAUGUUGAAGACUAGAGUCUCUCAGAGAACGUUUCAUCCGACAUGGGACCAGGAGUUCAUGUUCGUAGUCGCGGAGCCGUUUGAAGAAAACCUGGUCCUCUCGGUGGAAGACCACUCUGAACCUAACAGAGAUGAGCCUGUAGGCAAAGCUGUGAUUCCUCUCGCUGCUAUUGAGAAACGUACGGAUGAUAAAAAGUUUCGUAGCCGCUGGUUUCAUCUGGAAGAUUCCAUCUCAGACGCAAUGGAUGAAGACAAAGCCAAGAAGGUGAAGUUCGCUACUAGGAUCCAUGUGGCCGCGGCUCUUGAAGGAGGCUACCACGUUUUCGAUGAGUCCACUUACUACAGCAGCGAUCUCAGGCCAACGGCGAAACAGCUCUGGAAACCGCCGAUAGGAGUCUUGGAGCUUGGGAUACUUAACGCAAACGGGCUCCACCCGGUGAAAACUAGAGACGGGAAAGGUGUGUCGGACACGUACGUUGUUGCUAAAUACGGUCACAAGUGGGUUCGGUCGAGAACUGUAAUCAACAGCUUGAGUCCAAAGUACAAUGAGCAGUACACAUGGGAGGUUUUCGACCCCGCAACGGUCUUAACCAUCUGCGUCUUCGACAACGGUCAUUUCGGAGAAGGAAAGAACAGAGAUCAGACGAUUGGGAAAGUACGUAUCAGACUCUCAACUCUCCAGAGUGGUCGUGUGUACACAAACGCUUACCCAUUACUUGUUUUACAACCAUCUGGUCUCAAGAAAAGAGGCGAGCUUCACUUAGCCGUGAGGUUCACAUGCACAUCAGUCUCCAACAUGCUGAUGAAAUACACAAAACCACUCUUGCCUAAGAUGCAUUACACACAGCCUUUAUCCGUUAACCUACAGGAAGUGCUUAGGGUGCAGGCUCUCAACAUAAUGGUGGCUCGACUAGGCCGGUCAGAGCCGCCUCUUAGACGUGAAGUUGUUGAGUAUAUGACGGAUGCUAAGACCCAUCUGUUCAGCAUGAGGCGAAGCAAAGCCAACUUCUACAGGUUCACCGCCGUGUUUUCUGGAGUGAUGUCGGUGUGGAAAUGGAUGGGGGAAGUGUGCAGCUGGAGGACGCCGGUGACGACGGCGCUGGUGCACGUGCUGUACACGAUGCUUGUGAUGUUCCCGGAGAUGAUUUUGCCGACUGUGUUUCUUUACAUGGCUGUGAUUGGGCUGUGGAACUACAGGUUUAGGCCAAGGUUUCCUCCUCAUAUGGACACCAAACUGUCUUACGCAGAGAGUGUGAAUGCUGAUGAACUGGACGAAGAGUUUGAUAUCUUCCCGACCAUGAAGGCUCCGGACAUUGUUAAAAUGAGGUACGACCGGCUGAGAAUUGUGGCGGGGAAGAUACAGUCGGUGGUGGGAGACAUAGCAGCACAGGGAGAGCGCGUGCAGGCUCUGUUGAGCUGGCGUGAUCCACGCGCCACCGCAAUAUUUGUGACGUUUUGCUUGAUCAUAGCCAUGGUUAUGUACAUAACACCUUUUAAACUGUUUGCUCUCCUCUCUGGUUACUACUUCAUGAGACACCCUAGGCUCCGACACCGUAUUCCCUCCGCUCCACUCAACUUUUUCCGACGACUUCCGGCCAUGACGGACUCUAUGCUCUGAAUCACAUGCUUGUAUAUAAAUAUAUCGUCUUCAUUGCAUUUGAAUUUGAAUUUGUAUCUAUCUAUAUAUCUGCAUCCAGAUAUGUGUAUAUAUGUUGAGAAUCUUACAUUCAUGAACUCAUUACUGGAAUUAGAAAAAACAAGAUUGGACCCUA